UGGCGCCGCCGUUUCCCGCCUCCCCUGGGCCGCGCCGGCCCCGCCCCCGCCCGGCGCUCCAAGAUGGCGGCGCGGUGGUGGCGGCGCGCCCUGCGCGGGCUCUGCGGGGCCGCGCUGUUCCUGUCACAGCUCUCCGUCCUCUCGGGCCGCGUGGGAUCUUUGAUGACGACAAAGCUUUCACAGCCGCAGUCUACACUGGCAAAAAGCCUAACUUCAACAAGUACAAAUGCUCCCUAUUUUAAAGCAUUAGAAAGUACAGAAAUUCCACCUUACGUGACUAACUGUCCCAGCAACGGGCUUUGCAGUAGAUUGCCACCAGACUGCAUGACAUGUAACACAAACUAUUCCUGUAUAUAUGGGAAGACAGCAACUUUUGACUGCAAAGUCAAGCCACAUGUUCAUUGUGUUGAUGAGAAUAACCACGAGCAGGAGAACUUCACAAUUAACAUGACGUGCCAGUUUUGCUGGCAGCUUGCCACAAGUGAUUAUGUCUGUACCAAUUCCACAAACUGCAUGACAGUUUCCUGCCCUCGACAACGAUACAAUGCAACUUGCACAGUCCGGGAUCACAUCCAUUGUCUAGGUAACCGUGUCUUUCCUAAGAUGCUCUAUUGCAACUGGACUGGAGGUUAUAAGUGGUCUACUGCCCUGGCACUAAGCAUCACCCUUGGUGGAUUUGGUGCCGAUCGUUUCUAUUUGGGUCAGUGGCGGGAAGGUCUGGGAAAACUCUUCAGCUUCGGUGGACUUGGAAUAUGGACACUAAUUGAUGUGCUGCUAAUAGGUGUUGGCUAUGUGGGACCUGCAGAUGGAUCUCUCUAUAUUUAAAUGUGGGCCCAAGGUGUUUCAGAGAGGAGUCGUUGCCUGCAGAGGGCUCUUAGAUAAACGAGUGGGGAGGUUUGAGCCUUCAACGUAGAAUGAGGAACAACUGUUCUGUGUGCAUAUAUUUUAAUGUACAGUAUCUGUACUUGGUUUGCCUUUAACUAAGGUCAAAUAAAAGAGUGGAUCACUGA